CGAUCGGCGGAUGGCGGGCAACAUGCAAGCGGCGCCGCAGAUGCAGAGACGACCAAGCAACAUCCAAGGUGGAGACGAAUUCUGGAUCGAUGUGCAGAAGAAGGCCUUUACCAGGUGGGCCAACUCGUACUUGUCGGACCGAGCCCAAGUCAUCACGGACUUGUACACAGACUUGGGCGAUGGAUUGCGGUUGAUCUCGCUUCUCGAGUUGCUGACCGACGCGCCGUUUCCUUCGAAGUACACGAAAGAGCCGCGGUUUCGCAUCCACAAGCUCGAAAAUUUGAACAUGGUGUUCGGGUUCUUGGCCAAGGAGCACGUGAUGGUCACGAAUAUCGGGUCCAGUGACAUCCUCGACGGCAACGGCAAGCUCAUCCUCGGACUCAUGUGGACCAUCAUCAAGCGAUACCAAGUGGGGGACAUCGCCGUGGACGGCGUGUCGGGCAAAGAAGGUUGCGUCCUUCACUGCUAUAUGAAACACAAACGUCUCUGGCAACUUGUGCAGUCGACCGCCCCAGACAAGCUGUUUGCAGGGGUAACUGUGCCUGUGGCGAGCUCCUUCUCGUCCAAAAUGCGACGGAUGUUGGCCUCAACUUCUGAGGACAGUCUCUUGAGUGUCGUGUGCUGCACUUCGAGCUACCGGUAGAUCUCGACGUAUGGAGGAAGUCCUGUAGGCUUCAGUGUUGCUGAGCUGGACCGAACAAGUGACUUGAGUCUUGACAUCAUAUCUUCGUCGCGAAAGACAGACGUCUGCAAGACAGCACGAUUGGCAGGAAGGUUACUGCGCAGGUAGUCGGAAUGAUGCACAAGUGAGGCCAAACUGAGUUUCAGGACUCCAAAAAUCGCGAUGCUCUUCGAAAGACCAGGAAACAUGCAUCGGACGGCGCUGGCGACGAUUGCG